AGAGAUAAAAAUGGAGAUCAAGUUAGUAGACAACACUCCAUGUUAACCUCUUGGAGUAGUUCGAGGAUUGAGUACAAACACAAAUCAGACCAUUCAUCUUCUUUCUAGACUAUGCAGUGAUAAAGAUGGAGAUAGAGACCUAAUAUUCCUUGAUACUUGGAAGAACAUUUCUAGCAACUUUCAGUGCCAUGAUCAAUGCAGCAAAAAGAGAAAUCACACUACCAGUAGGAGAGGUCAUGCUCAUGCAUAUAGUAACGGGCUCUAUUCAAGACAAGGAAGGGAAGCAAGCCAUCGAGGAUGAUGAUUUUGAGGAUAAUGAAGAUAUGGACUCAGAGAUAGAGAUCAAGUUCAGAGCGGGAUCUCUAUAUGAGGAUUCCUUACAUGCAACAUAUAAUCAUUACGAUGAAGACCUAGUGUGGGGAGACAAGUUGAAAGAAGCUCUACCAACUUUGGAUUUGAAGCUAGCACAAAUGACACUCAAGAUAGCCAGUACAAGAACAAAGGCAUUGCUAUAAAAGAUCGAGAAGCUGGAGUAGGAAGCAUCAGAGGCUUUCAAGAGUUCUUGCACCAUCAUAGAUUCAAUCCACAAACCAUGGAGCCACAAACGAUGAACGGGGUGAUAAAGGAAUGUCAGAACU